CAUCAUUCCCCCCUCCUUCUAAUUCUCCCUCGACGAGCUUUCGUGUCCCAUCCGCCUUGGUCAAAAUGGCCUCCGGUCGGAAAGACUUCCUAAGCCAGCCGGCCCCGGAGAACUACGUGGCCGGCCUGGGUCGAGGUGCCACCGGCUUCACCACCCGUUCCGACCUGGGUCCUGCACGCGAAGGCCCUACUCCCGAGCAAAUCCAGGCCGCGCUUGCUAAGAGAGCGCAGCAACUUGGAGCGGCUCCUCCGACAGCUUACGGCGCCGGGCGUGAGAAAGGUGGGAAGGAAGAAAAAGAGGAAGAGGAAGAGGACGAGCGCUUCCAGGACCCGGACAAUGAAGUCGGCCUCUUUGCAUACGGACAAUUCGACCAAGAAGAUGACGAGGCGGAUCGAAUCUACAGGGAGGUAGAUGAGAAGAUGGAUAAGCGUCGCAAAACCAGGCGGGAAGCCCGAGAACGCCAAGAACAAGAGGACUACGAAAGCAAAAACCCCAAGAUUCAACAGCAGUUCGCGGAUCUGAAACGAUCCCUAGCUUCUGUCUCCGAAGAUCAAUGGGCCAGUCUCCCCGAGGUUGGAGAUCUCACGGGAAAAAACAGACGGACAAAACAAAACCUCCGCCAACGUUUCUAUGCUGUCCCUGAUAGCGUCAUAGCGGGCGCAAGGGAUUCUACACAGUUUGAGGCCACAAUUGCGGAUGACGGCGCCGCUGCCGAUGCGCGGGGUUCCGAGGGAACCGACGGGGCGAUCACGAAUUUCGCAGACAUAAGUGCGGCUCGUGAUAAAGUAUUGCAAGUGAAGCUUGAUCAGGCUGCCAUGGGAUCUUCUGGGGAUUCAGGAUCAGGAAGUGCGACCAAUAUUGACCCCAAGGGAUACCUGACCAAUCUCACACAGUCGGAACUCAAAGCUGGCGAGGUCGAAAUCGGAGACAUAAAGCGAGUUCGCGUUUUAUUGGAAUCUGUGACGAAAACAAAUCCGAAACAUGCACCGGGGUGGAUAGCGCUCGCGCGCCUCGAGGAGCUUGCCGGUCGGGCCGUGACGGCCAGAAACGUCAUUGCUAAAGGCUGUGAACUGUGCCCGAAAAGUGAGGAUGCGUGGGUUGAAAAUAUACGGCUGAAUGAGGGUCAUAAUGCAAAGGUUAUAGCCGCAAACGCCAUCAAGAACAACGACCGCUCCACGGGACUCUGGAUUGAAGCCAUGCGGCUGGAAUCCGAUCCUCGUGCCAAAAAGAACGUACUGCGACAGGCCAUUCUUCACAUCCCCCAGUCCGUGGCUAUCUGGAAAGAAGCCGUGAACCUGGAGGAUGACCCUGCAGAUGCACGGCUUCUGCUGGCGAAAGCCGUUGAAAUGAUACCGCUGUCCGUGGAGCUAUGGCUCGCUCUUGCUCGACUCGAAACACCCGAGAACGCCCAAAAGGUUCUGAAUGCGGCCCGAAACGCUGUCCCCACUAGCCACGAAAUCUGGAUUGCUGCGGCUCGGUUGCAAGAACAAAUGGGGACCUUCAAUAGAGUGAAUGUCAUGAAAAAGGCCGUGCAAUCCCUCGCCAGAGAAAAUGCCAUGCUGAAGAGAGAAGAAUGGAUAGCCGAAGCCGAGAAGUGCGAAGAGGAAGGAGCGAUUCUCACGUGCGGUGCAAUCGUACGGGAGACCCUGGGAUGGGGUCUAGAUGAGGAUGACGACAGGAAGGACAUCUGGAUGGAUGACGCAAAAGCAAGUAUUGCCCGAGGCAAGUAUGAGACCGCGAGGGCCAUCUACGCCUAUGCAUUGCGGGUAUUUGUAAACCGCCGGUCUAUUUGGCUUGCAGCAGCAGACCUUGAACGCAACCACGGUAGCAAAGAAGCCCAGUGGCAGGUUCUUGAGAAAGCCGUCGAAGCUUGCCCACAGAGCGAAGAGCUCUGGCUGCAGCUCGCCAAGGAGAAGUGGCAAACCGGGGAGAUUGACGAGGCUCGACGCGUGCUCGGUCGCGCUUUCAACCAAAAUCCUAACAACGAGGACAUCUGGCUGGCUGCUGUCAAGCUUGAGGCAGAUGCCCGGCAGACCGAUCAAGCCCGAGAACUCCUUGCAACUGCUCGUCGUGAAGCAGGCACGGAUCGUGUCUGGGUCAAGAGCGUUGCCUUCGAACGGCAGCUAGGUAACAUAGACGAGGCACUCGACCUGGUGAAUCAAGGUCUCCAGCUGUAUCCCAAGGCCGACAAACUGUGGAUGAUGAAGGGACAAAUUUAUGAGUCGCAGAAGAAAUACCCUCAAGCCCGGGAGGCCUACAAAACCGGGGCCAGGGUCUGUUCAAAGUCCGUUGCCCUUUGGCUGCUGGCCUCAAGAUUGGAAGAAAAGGCAGGGGCCGUCGUAAAAGCUCGUUCGGUCCUCGACCAGGCUCGCCUUGCUGUGCCCAAGAGUGCGGAGCUGUGGACGGAGAGUGUUCGUGUCGAGCGGCGGGCGAACAAUAUUGGCCAGGCGAAAGUCCUCAUGGCACAAGCUCUGCAGGAAGUACCAACGUCCGGGCUAUUAUGGAGCGAAAGUAUUUGGUAUCUCGAGCCGCGGGCGCAACGGAAGGCGCGGAGCUUGGAGGCCAUCAAGAAGGUUGAAAACGACCCCAUUCUAUUCAUCACAGUAGCGCGGAUAUUCUGGGGUGAGCGUCGCUUGGAGAAGGCGAUGACAUGGUUUGAGAAGGCCAUUGUCUCCGACAGCGAUCUUGGGGAUGGUUGGGCAUGGUACUAUAAGUUCCUCCUACAACAUGGCACUGAGGAAAAACGGGCCGAUGUAAUAUCCAAGUGCAUCUCGACUGAGCCCAAGCACGGCGAGAUUUGGCAAUCGAUAGCCAAGGACCCCGCUAACGCGCAAAAACCUACCGAAGAAAUCCUGAAGAUGGUCGCCAACUAUCUGUCCUAAUGUCAUGAUUCAGGAGGGUACACGAUGUAUUUCUAAACAGCCAUCAGACCCGGCGUUAUGAUCGGACGAGCUAAAAUCAAUUGUUUACCUAGAG